AUGGACCAGCUUGCUUCUGAACUAGUGGGCCAUAUUUGUCUGUUUCUAGACAGACCAUCCCUUUGCUCCUUCCGCCUUACUUGCAAGACAUUCGGCGCCAUAGCCGAGGAACAUCUCUUCCACAACUUCGAGUUUCGCCUCCAUCCAAACCAUCACAGACUCUAUCAGCUGGAGCAACUGGCGGCAAGGCCCUCGAUAGCAUCUCGGCUGCGCUGUGUCUCCUUCGAGUCAGGGAUCCAGCUGGAAUAUGCCGACUAUAGAUAUUGGCAGACUGAGGUCUAUCACGACAAGCAGAAUGCCUGGAAGCGAAGCCUUGCUGGAGCCUCUAGGGAAGAGUACACACAGUUCCACGAACAUCUCCAAGCCAGGUUCACAACGGACCUACCUCGUCGCUAUGAUUUGUACCGUUGGCAUCUUGAUCAGCAGGCGGCGUCUAUGGCUGAAUCACGCAUGAGGAACGUCCUGAUGCGUACAAUGAGCGCUCUCAAGGAGUCAAGCCUCAGUCUGCGCUUCAAGCUGAUCAUGGCCGAGCCUCAGAUCCGGCUCGAAGAGCUUGAGGCCUUCGAUCCUGAGGAGUACGCCAACGAAAGACCCUAUGACCCUGAUCCACGUCGUAGAGUUGCAAAUCGUCGACAACAUUGCCUCGAUCAUUUUAUCAAUUUCCUCCAUGCGGCGAAGCUUUCGGGCUGUGAAGUGGCCGAUCUCACAGCUAUCGACAUCCCCCAUCAGCUUCUCACCGUUGACGCCAUUCACGGCUCCCAAGUGUUGGAAGAGACUUUUCAGUGCCUAAAGAAACUCCAAAUGAAAAUCAGCUCGUUUCCUCACAGUGACUGGCUUUCUCGCAGUGGGACUGGUGAGAUCUACUUCGGCGGGAGAAACCUGGCCGCAAGAAGGCUCAGGAUGUUGUUGAAUCAGCCCUCCGAGCUCGAGCACUUGAGCCUGGAAUUUCCAGCAGGUCUCGAGGCUGAGUACUCGUUCGAUCUCUUUGACAGGACGAACAUCGAUCGCUUUCCGCGUUUGUGGUUACCCCACCUCAAGUCUCUUACCCUCUCUCAUUUCCGAUGUACUUGGGUAGAUUUGGAGGCUUUCCUGAAUGAGGGCAAGAACAUCAACUCGUUGGUGAUGAAGAAUUGUCGGCUGGAGACCGGCUCAUUGAUAGAUUUGCUUUACCAUCUUCGCAGGAAACGUUUCCCAGAGGUUCUUUUGCUCGGGACCUGGUAUGUGGAUGUAAGUUGCCUCGAGAUCCUAGCGCAGUUUUGA